GACUAAGCCAAAGGAUGAAAAAUGAAUGAAAUUUAAGUGAAUUGAACACAAAACCACGAAGAUGUCCCAAGAAACCUUCAGGAAUUGUGUUGUUUUGGCUCAUUUUGUAUAAGUCAUUUGAACAAACAGCAAAUGUCAUUGUUUUGAAUGCCAGACAAAUACUCUAAGAAGGAAAAGCAUGUGUUUUUUGCAGUGUGCUCAUCAUGCGCUAACAGAAACCCGCUGUCAGACAAACUCCCUACAAAGAUCAAGGUCAGCCUCAGCUUUUCACCCAGAUCCAGGUGUGACCUUCCACUGCUUUAUACAGACAGAAACUGAACUACCUCCAGACAUCGGACACUAUAACAGAUCCCGCCCCAUUCGUGGAAAAGAGAAGUGUGUGUUUCUUUCUCACUCGUAGGACAGGUUCCCAUGAAUGGUGGACGUGAACGAGGAGACAUGAAUGCAGCAGGCAUGAAUGCAGAUGUCCGUCAUUUUAAUGGAUGCCUUUACGCCACUGGAAUGAGCAUCUCAGACAGGGCAGAAGGUUUUGGGAUGUUUACUGUGGUAACGCAGUACUGCUUUAACAAAAACUGAUCAGGAGAGCAAGAGAGUGUGGACGAGUGGAUCAGAUGGGGACCCGAGCAAAACGAAGGACGCAGAAGUUGUUUUUGGGAGCUUUUGUGAUUUGCAUCAUGGGUUUCUACUCCUAUACUGCACCGACCCUCCUGGCAACACACAGUGUGUCUCUGGCUCCAUGUGCACCAACCAGCGACACGUGGAACGGUUCCCGGAGAACUCUUCAAGAGCACAGGUCCUGCACACCUAAAGUCAACCUGAUGUUCAUGAAGACGCACAAAACGGCCAGCAGCACUCUCAUGAACAUCCUCCUGCGCUUCGGAGAGAAGCACCAGCUGAAAUUCGCCCUCCCCGACGGCCGCAACGACUUCUUCUACCCCUCCAGCUUCUUCCGAACUCAAGUGAAGAGCUACCAGCCGGGCGUGUGCUACAACAUCGUCUGCAAUCACAUGCGUUUCAAUGCACCAGAGGUAGAGAAGCUGCUCCCAGCAGACGCCUUCUUCUUCACCAUCCUACGAGAUCCUGCCGAGCUUUUUGAGUCGUCCUUUCACUACUACAAAGGCUACGUCCCGCAGACAUGGAGAAUCCCGGGAGACAACCAGUUCAAGGAGUUCCUCAGCAAUCCAAACCAAUACUUCAACCCGACAGGAAUCAACGCUUUCUACCUCAAGAAUCUGCAGUUCUUCGACUUUGGCUUUGAGAAUAAUCUAAACUCCGACGAUCCGAGAGUUCGACAAGGCAUCGAGUACAUUGAAAAGCGCUUCCAGCUGGUGCUGAUUUCCGAUCACUUCGAGGAGUCGCUGAUCCUGCUGAAAGACGCUUUGUGCUGGCAGAUGGACGACUUGAUGUUUUUCAAGCUCAACGCUAGAAGCGUUUCGUCUGUAUCUCCCAUGAGCCCGGAGCUGAGGACUCAAGCUCGCCAGUGGAACGGCGCAGACUGGCAGCUCUACCAGCACUUCAACAACACGUUCUGGGCGCGUGUGGAGGCGUAUGGGAAAUCCCGUAUGGAGGAGCAUGUGAAGGAGCUGCGCAGGAGGAACGCGGAGAUGGAGGCCAUCUGCAUCGACGGAGGCAGAGCUGUGGAGGCUAAAGACAUCACGGACACACACAUGAAGCCCUGGCAGCCGCUCGGGAAGGCCUCGAUAUUGGGCUACAACCUGAGGACAGACAUCGACCAGCACUACCAGGAGCUCUGCAGGAAAAUGCUGACCCCGGAGAUCCAGUAUUUGACUAAUUUAGGCGUCAGUCUGUGGGUCACGCGGCUGUGGGGAUGGUUUAAGGAUAGUGUUGUGCAGUUUGGGUUGAGCUAGGUUUAUAUGUAAGAUGUUUAUAUUCGUUAUGAAUGUGACUAUGAGUAGUCAUUUGUGGUGUUUUGCUUUUAUAAUUAUUAGUGCUGCAGAUUCAUCGCAAUUAUUCACAUCCAAAAUAAAAGCUUAUGUAUGUACAGAAUAUAUAUAUAUGGGCAAUAUCACACGAGUAGCAGGGUGCUAUGGCUGUAUAUCAGCACUGGCGGGAGGCGUGCGUGGUGCAUCCCACCAGUGCUGAUAUACAGCCAUAUCGAACUGCUACUCGUGUGAUAUUACGUUUAUACAACAGUUCCACG